UUAGGAAGAGUGACGAUUCGUGCUUGCUUUUUAAAAAAUAUAUAAUAUCUAGUUAAUUUAAAGGAAAACCCUUUAAAUAUAUGCCUCAAAUGCAAUAUUAACGUAGAUAAAAAAAUUUACUUUCAAGUUUCGCAAAUAAUGUUUGUGUUUUAAGAUGAAACUUUUUAAAUUAUUUAAAAAUACAUUUGCCAUGGCUGUUUUUCUAAGUGCUAUUUGGUUACUGUUUACUUGGAGUAAUUUGGGAAUGUUAAGUAUUCAAACUGAUUCAAGAAGCAUUCCAGUUGCUGUGAAAAACAAGCUUUGCAAUGUUAACUUCAAUGAUGAAAGACCACACAUCACCAACAGUACAAGUUUGAAAAUGAUAUAUUAUGUGACUCCUACAUACCCCAGACCAGAACAAGUGCCUGAAUUGACGCGAUUGGCACAUACCUUGAUGCAUGUGCCUAGAAUUCAUUGGAUUGUUGCGGACGACCAGCCUUUGUGUUCCGAUCAAGUGUCCAGCGUGCUUAGACGGACCGGCCUGCCUUACACACACAUAUCCAGUCCCAAACCAUUCAUUUACAAGAGCACAAAUUUUCCGCGAGGCGUCGCCAACCGACGCGUCGCACUCAAUUGGCUGCAGGAGAAUGUCGCCGAAGGGGUGUUGUACUUUGGUGAUGAUGACAACACCGUGGAUUUGCGUCUCUUCGAUGAGCUGAGAAAUACUAAGAAGGUGUCCAUGUUUCCGGUCGGACUGAUUGGGGAAUAUGGAGUUUCAUCACCCAUAGUGAAGGACGGAAAGGUGGUUGGAUUUUUCGACUCGUGGCCGGCUUCGAGAACAUUCCCAGUGGAUAUGGCAGGGUUCGCAGUAAACAUCGAGUUCCUGAAGGAAACCGCCAACAUGCCAUUCAUCGCUGGACACGAGGAAGACAGGUUCCUAGUUAGCUUAGACCUCAAGGUCGAGGAUAUUGAGCCGCUAGCUGCGAAUUGCACUAAGGUCCUGGUCUGGCACACCAAAACCGUGAAGCACAAGAAGCCGACUCUGAAAAUAAAUAUAAACAAACUAAAUACCAUUUCGAAAUAUCAGAACUUUGUCAAUCUCCUCAAAGAGACCUCCAGACUGGGCAUGGCCGAAGUGAACGCGGAAGCAGGCAUUAAGUCGUACGUCACACGCAACAGGAAGACGUCGGAAACGUUAGCCGAUAUCCUGUAGGUCGUCGGCAUACGCUCGCCGUACGUUUUGGCCGAAUCGUUACUCAGUAGGUAGGUAUUUGCAAUUGUAUUUCGUGUGGUCGGGAUGCGUUUCACGUCCACGUCCACGUCCACGUCCCCGGCCCCGUGGCUUACGAACGACGCGUCGUUCAACUCCUGCAAUAAUAAUAAGAAAUAUAUACGACGGAUUGCGACGUUCACGUAACCACGUAUGAAGCCGGUUCCCAACGGUACGGGUGGUACUGUGAGCAGUGUCGCCCGAGGUGUGUUUUUAUUGUCCAAUCUCAAUUCAAUGGGAACAUUCGAUAGUUCUCUAUAUUAAUAGUUAUAAAUAUAAAAUUGCAUUAAUCACUCAAACUCUAAAU